AGAAGUACACUAGAAGUGCUCACGUCUGACGACGGACGCCGCCGAUGUUUAGGAACGCGAGAAGUUCUACAUACGUUACUCGUUCGUCGUACGUUUGUCGAUGGAUAUUAUAUUAACAGUUGCUAUCAGUCCGGCAGAACUCAGUUGUCUACUAACGCUUCCUUACUUCGUACCUACUGGCUAAGAACGGCGCAACUAAAUUCGUUUGGCGGUAAAGUUGUACUACACGUUGAGAAUUGUUUUGCAGAAUCUGCACUGCACAUCGCGUGUUGGGGUUUUGGGAGUUUAAUGAGAUUGACGGUAAUUCGGAAAACGUGCUCCGAAUUUCUAUCGGUUAAACAAAGCUUCCUUCAAGGUUUGAUUUGGGGAACAAUUAAUCAUCUGCUUCAGUGAAGAAAACAUAAACAAACCGUUUGUCAAUCACAAAGUUCAAUCUCCGGGAUUCGGUGAAGCACGAGUCGAUCGAAAAAGGGUGAUAAGCCUAGAUGAGUGUGAAUUAACGGCAGUGAAUGAGCCAUAUACCAACCCAGUUAGUGCAGGCAUAUUCGACACUUGACAGCGCCAAGCCCCAUUUAAUGACGUCCAGUGAUAAUGGUUGGAGUCUUUGUGCUUCAAUCACACGCAGUGCCUGAGAAAAUUGUUCCGAAAUCCCCUGGCGAGGUGAUUUUGUGCGAUUAAUUCCAACUGGGAUUGAUAGUUUUCACUGUUGUGAGUAAAUUGUGGGGAAAGUUCAAUAGAUUUUCUGUUGCUGACUAAAUUUUAAGUGAUUAACCCACUUCUCAGUAGGACACUGAGUUUAGUUUAUCCUAAGUGGUAGCUCAUGAAACGACACUUCUUUGUCAAUCAAAUGAAUUCAGAAUCUCAUAAACAAAAUCCAAUGAUGGCUUCGGACGGAAUCUACACCAUAACUCCGGCGAUAGGACUUUCCUCAGCCAAAGGAAAAAUAAACGACGGUUUCAUAGAUUCCAACAAUCACUACCAUAAAGCAGGACCCCCAGAUUAUGGAACCGUUUAUAUCUACCAGCAGCAGAAACCGAUAAAAACCGACUACAAAUCGGACUUCCGGCAUGAUCAUAUGUUUCACAAAAGUGGUGAUGACAGUGAUACUGGGAGCAAUAUUACCGAUAACGAUGAAGAUAGUGAUAUCAUUUCCGAGUACAUUGGCCAUUAUGGUUUGUGGCAGUUUUUCUGGACCUUCCUGCUGUGUCUGUUCCAGAUUCCGUCGACGUUCCACAUUUUUGCGUUGGUGUUUCAGGCCGCAAACCGCGAGUUUUGGUGCGCCCGCCCCGCUCACCUGCUUUCGGUGCCACUGGAUGUGUGGCAGAAUCUCACGCAAUCAACAGGUCAAUGCUCGAUAGUUGACGCACCGUACGCGCAGCUCAGCGAGAGCAACUUUAGUAGCUACUUCGAGGGAUUGUUCACCAGCACCAAUGGGUCUUCCCCAGCAUCAUCGCUGGCUCAGAUUUCCUGCCCCAAUGGAUUCGAGUACGAUUCCCGCAUCUUUGGCAACACUUUGAUCGCGGAAUUCGGGCUGGUGUGUGAUCGAGCACAUGUCAUGAGCAUCGUCGAGAUGUGCUUCCUGGCGGGGGCGGCACUCGGUUCAGUCGGAAGUGGAUGGAUUUCGGAUCAGUUUGGACGACGGCACACCUUGAUGUGCUUUGCUGCUAUUCAAGCGGUCAUAGGUUUCAUCAUCGGCUUCGUCAACACCUUGUGGCUGUUCAUGGGGCUGCGGGUGAUCAUCGGAUUCGCCUCGAUGUCGGUAACCGUAGUGAGUUUUGUGCUGGUGGUGGAACUCGUUAGUGGAAAAUACCGGACCGUUAUCGGUAUUCUCAACAUUCUUCCGGUGGCAAUUUCCUACAUCCUGGCGGCCGGCAUUGCGUACUUCGCUCAAGACUGGCGAACGAUGCAAUUUGUCAUCACUAUACCGGGAGCGUUGCUCCUGUCGAUGUGGUACUGGCUGCCGGAAUCACCCCGAUGGCUGCUGGCCAAGGGACGCACCGAGGAGCUGAAAUCCAUCAUCGAUCGGGCGGCAGAAACCAACGGGUUCCGGUUGCCGCUGGGAUAUGAGAAGACCCUAACCUCGCCGGAAGCCGUCGACUGCAAAGAGAUUGUAUCGGUGCUGGAUCUGUUCCGGAUGAAGUUCCUGAGGACCACUCUGGUGAUGUUGACCGUGUGGUUCGGUAUUGUGCUCAUCUAUUUUGGAAUUACUCUGCAUUUGAGUAACCUCGGUGGGGACAUCUACCUCAAUACUAUCCUGGCCGGGACGGUGGAAUCGAUCGCAAUCUGCCUGAGCAUCUUGGUGGUGCUGAAGCUCGGAUUACGUGUUAAUUUAUUCCUGUACAUGGUCGUUGCCGGCAUCUCCUGCAUCGUGAUGAAUUUCGUCCCGGAUGGCAACCUCUGGGCGAUUAUCGGGCUGGCCAUGAUAGUGAAAUGUGCCGUGGGAGCUUGUAAUGCAAUCAUUCCCACCUUCACUGCCUUCCAAUAUCCGACCACGAUGCGAAAUCUAGGAGUGGGUGCCGGAAACUUCGCUGCAGGAAUAGCGCUCAUCAUCGUACCGUACCUGUGGCUGCUGGAACACGUGGAUCAGUAUUUGCCGAUUACGGUGAUGGGAGUGUUUAGCAUAAUCGGAGGCUUGUCGCUGAUCGUGCUGAAGGACAAGCUGAGCAAAAAGUAUCGACGACGGGGUAGUGGAAGCAUGAGUGGCAACAGCGGCACCGGAACCAGUACGGACGAUGAGUCGAGGCACAUCGACAAAGACUUCCCCCGGGACAACUCCUCGAAUGGUGGCCUGAGCAAUAUCGGAUUUGCCCGUAACGAGAGCAUCUUCCUGUAGAUGAUGGAACAGGUACCUUCUCCUCGUUGAAUGCAGACAGGGAAUUUGACGGAAUAGCUCGAUUUGAUUUCGACACAAUGACAAUAAAAGAGUACAAGCAACUUAAUUUUAUUCAAGUGAAUAUUGGUAGGUACUGAACUGAGAUGAAUGAUGCUCGUCAUCAUUGAAUCGGAAACGAGAUAGAGAGACCUCGGCAAUCGAUUGCCAUCCAUUUGCUUUCCUAAGAAAAGAUGUUGAUAGCUGGCUCAUUUGAAUGGAAGCAAUUCGGAACCGUGCGUCGUCCGUCUCCGGAGGAUGAGGAAACAUCUGAUCAAAUCAGUGCCCUCGUGUGCCCGUGUCGCGUCCGUUUCUUGUAAUCGUAACCGUAUUUAUUUAUGUACACAUGUUUUACGAUGGUUCCGUGGGAAGAAUAUGAUUAUGUUGGAUUGCCGGUUUUUGUAUUUCUGUUUCUCCCCAAAUGGCCGUUAUGUUGGCACAUGUGUCAGUCGAGCAGAGCCUCCGAACCGAACCAGCUAGCUGCUCAUGACUGCUCGAGCGUGACUUGUAGAGCUAAUGCAUCACGAGGGGGGACGUUCAUUGACUACGUAGAAACCGAUUCUGAAUUCCGAAAUCUGACAUUUAAAUUCUGGAUUCUAGAUUCAAAAUUCUAAAUCGAUACUGGAUUCUAGAUUCUGGAUUCUGGACUCUGGAUUCUGGAUUCUGGAUUCUGGAUGCUGAGUUCUGAAUUCUGAAUUCUCGAUUCUGGAUUCUGGAUUCUUGAUUCUGGAUUCUGGAUUCUGGAUUCUGGAUUCUGGAUUCUGGACUUCUUAAAACCUUAUCUUACCUUUUAAAUAAGAAAUGUACAAUCUUGAAGAACAAAUAACAGAAUAUAAAAGUAAAAUUCUUGAAAAUCCAAUACCUAAUGGAAUUAAGCAUAACAUUUUUAAAAUUCCAAUAUUAUGAAUAGCACAGGGAACAGUAUUUUGGCGAACAAGGUUGUGAUAAUUGAUUUUGGAAUAAAUUCUUUAAAAAUUUUGUAAAAAUAUUCAUACUACAGUACAGGGCCUUAGGAAGAACCGUCUCAUGAGGAGGGGGGGAGGGUGUUUUUAU